AUGUCCAGUCCUUCCUCCUCUGCUGGACCUUCUGGUCAACAUGCCUUGAAGCGUGUUGUUCAUAUCAAGCAUCCUUCAAAGACCAAGAUGGAGAAGUUCACCUUCACCCUGGGAAAAUUGGACGCAGGAAUGGCAAUCUUACUAGGACCUAACGCUCAUCUAUUAGAAUUCCCGUCAUUAUUACUUCCCACUCCAUCUCCCGGUGCACCCCCUCUUGGUCCAGGCUCUAUCCUUACCAUAACGGUAUCUCGAGACGUCUCAGCCGAACUAGCCGCUCAACAACAUUUUCAUGACCUCCAAUCCGAGAUCCUAUCAACAUUUUCAAAUCCACCUUCAUCUCCUGUCCUGAAACUAAGGAACGUAACUCAAACUUCGGUUUGUGUCGAAUGGGAAAAGCUAAAUAUCGGUUCAGCCGCUUGGCGAGGGUUGGAGAUGUAUAGGAAUGGUCAGAGGUGGGGUAGAGUAGGAGGUGAUUUCGGUCAGGGAAAGAAGGAGAAGAGAGAGUGGAAGACUGGUGGAUUGCAGUCUGGGGAGGAAUAUACUUUCCAACUUGUUUUGAAGACAACAGCUGGUACUUACCCUUCUAAUCUCAUAAGAGUUCGAACACAUACUAUGGACAAUCUUACGGGUCUGCUCAUUUACUUUGGUCCCAUUCAUCCACCCCAACUGCUCUCUCAGCUGAGAGAAGGUCUACGACAAAUUGGUGCACGAGAAUCUCCCACCGUCGCGCUCGAUACGACUCAUUUCGUGUGUACCACUCCUAUAGUGGGAGGUGACGAUUCAGGUAGAGGAGGUCAGAUAGAUCCAGAAUAUCAAGAAGCCGCUAGGAUGAAUCUGCCUGUUGUCGGUCCAGGUUGGCUUAUGGCCGUAGCAGCAGAACGAAAACUUGUACCUAUAUCAAACCACCUAUUACCAUCACUUCCACAAGCAUCGACCAAUACAUCCGAUCCAGCCCCUUUCAGACGACCUUCACCUCAGAAACGAUCUUCGCUCCCGUUCACUUCUUCUUCGCCUACUUCACCUCAUCAUGAGAACCCCGAGGAAAUCCGCCGAUCGCCCAGUCCUGAGACCAUAGCAAGGAUGAGCAUGCACGCUUCCUCGACGAGACCUAGCUUAUCGAGGAAUGGAUCAAUGGAAGGAAGGAGAAGUAGGGAGAUGAGUCUAGAUGUUGAUUCGGGCCGACCAAGGAGUCCUAAACCAGAAGCUGAUGGGAAAUUAGAUCGUGGUUUCAAAUUCCCAUUGUCUAGUAGUGCUUCCAACUCACCUGCACAAUCACCUACUGCCAGUGAUACCCAUCGAUCGUCCUCGCCAUCUAGACGAGCUACUGCCCCUGCGGUGCCUUCAAUACAAGAGAUACCUGUCAAAGAAGGUGAACAAAGUACCAAACCUACCAUCGAAGAAGCUACCCCAAGAUCGAGACAGACGUCUUUACCUACGAUCAAUGAUGUGCCUAAAACCUCUGAACAAAUCGUCCAACCUACAGUGGAUCCUGUCGGGGGUGAUGCAGUAGUUGAUGCCAUUCCCGAACAAUUAGGAACAACAGCAGAAGCUGCUCUCCCCCGCAGAUUGGAAGCCGAAAACGAGGUGGAGACGGUGGAAGUUCCCGAAACUACCCCUGCAGGAGAAUCGACAAGUAUAGCCGAGGCAACACCAGCCAUUGUAGAGGAACCUUCCGAGAUACCUCAAAUCAGUACGGCAUCUGGACCACCUCCAGUUGUGGACGAAGAAGCUGCCCCUACCAACGCAAAUGCCAAAGCCUCAACAAUCGACGAAGCAGUAGCCAACUUUGAGUCUGCCAUCGCCAAGACACCUGAGCCCGAGGGCACUGCCGAACCGUCGAAAGUUGAUAGUCCAGGGAUCAAAGCUUCAGAAGAACCCAAGUUAGAAAGAGUAGAAGAUAAAGCUGUACCUGCUGCUGCCAUUCCAGUUGAUUUGUCCACUCAAAGGAGUGAACCUGAACAUGCAAAUGCAACGAAAGGUUCGAGCACUGUUACGCUUGAACCGUCAUCUACCGCGACUCCUCAGCCGGAAGGUGGCGCUGAAGGAGCCUCAACCACGACUUCGAGCAAGAACAAGAAGAAGAAGAACAAGAAGAAGAAAUCAUCUACAUCUGGUCUUACGCCCGCUUCGUCUAAUCCAGGAACCGGAAGGAAUACACCUACGCCGGAUCCACUUGAGGAAGGGGAUGAGGGAAUGGACGAGAUUGAUCUUAGUUGA